AUGCAUUACAAACAUGCUGUGCCCACGACUGCCUCGAGCGACGAGUGCUUGAAGGACCCCGACGUCGUCGUAGCUACCGGGUGGUGCACGCCCACAGUGGAAGAAGGAAGGUCCGUCAGCAAGAGCAGCACUGCAACUACUUACUGUGAGCCCUCAUGUUACGAGGAGAGCGAGGCAACAAAGGUGGUGCAGGAUGGCAGUGGCAGCAGCGUGGGAUCACUCGUUGAGCCCGUGGAUGUGAAGCAGUUCCGGAAGCAGUUGAAUAAGUCCUUGAAGAGAGAUGGGGCAAUGGAGUCUGUGGGCAGCGCUGGGCAUCCCGACUCCUGCACGCCCUGCUCCUUCUACUGCUUCUCAUGCCUUGGCUGCCGUUUGGAUCGUGCGUGCACCUACUGUCACCUUUUCCACCAGUCGGGUCGAAGGAAGCGCCGGGAGGAGUGGAAGCGCCGGCAGGUGAGCAGCUGGCACACCUGCGAGGGUAAGCCACAAGAACCCACACAAGAUGUGGGCGAACCCUUGCCAAAAGACUUCGGAGAGGCAACGUCUCCCGACAUGAUGGCGCUGCGGCCACGAGCCCCACCUGGGUUGAGCAAAGCAUCCAUCCAGGAAGAGCGGAUCCAACAUGUCUUGCCGAGUUCGGCUUCGUGCUCCUUGCUUCCUUCGGCGCUUUCCACCCUGCCUGCUGCACAGAAGGCGACUUUGGUUCUUGCGGAGGCCACGAACCUUUGCAACUCCCUGUUGAACCAGGCGUCCACUCACGUCUUUGAGUACAGGCCUAGCAGCCUUGAGGUUUGUGUUGGAGAGAUGGUGGAGCUGUGGCCGCCCGUAUCUCAUCUUCGCGGCUGCUUUUUUGUCGCUGCUCCUAGUCUGCCCAGCGGAGUUCAGCUCGAUGGGAGAUCAGGCUUGGUCUAUGGCCGGCCUGAGGAGCCCACACCAGGAGAAGUGAACUACCUCGUUACUGCCUGGCAGCUCGAGCAAGUCCCUCCCAACGUCGGUGUUGCCUUGAUCAGGCUCACUGUUGCAGGAAGGCUUUCUUGCGGCAACACUGACUGCUAUCGGUUCGCUAUGCCAUCUCCGGAUGCAUGA